AACGCUGUAUGGUCAGAGGUUGCAUCAUUCAUUUGCCGUCCAAUGCAGGCGCUGUGAGUCGGAGGGCAGCAGUAAGGCAGUAUGGCGGCUCUGUUAAGGGGCUCUCGGAAAAGUCUUUUAGGAAAGUGGCAUAAUCAUGUCGCUUCGGUUCAGGUCUGCAGAUCUAUGGCCUCCAAGACCCAGGUGGGCUUCAUUGGCUUGGGGAACAUGGGAAACCCAAUGGCCAAGAACCUGAUCAAACACGGCUACCCUGUGAUUGCUACAGAUGUUUUCCCAGAGUCUUGCAAAGAACUACAGGAGCUGGGGGCUCAAAUCUUGGACACACCUGCAGAUGUGGCAGACAAAGCAGACCGCAUCAUCACGAUGCUGCCGUCAAGCCCUAAUGUUAUUGAUGUGUACACGGGUCAAAAUGGAAUUCUUAAGAAGGUGAAGAAAGGCUCUCUACUCAUUGACUCCAGUACCAUUGAUCCUGCUGUAUCCAAGGAAAUGGCUGUUGCUUCCGAGAAAAUGGGUGCUGUUUUUAUGGAUGCUCCGGUAUCUGGAGGUGUUGGAGCCGCCACUUCUGGUAAGCUGACCUUCAUGGUGGGAGGAGUGGAGGAGGAAUUCACAGCAGUGAAAGAGUUACUAAGCUGCAUGGGAGCCAAUGUAGUUUACUGCGGUCAGGUUGGCACAGGACAGGCAGCUAAGAUCUGUAACAACAUGCUGUUGGCAAUAGGAAUGAUUGGCACUGCCGAGACCAUGAACUUGGGCAUCAGGCUGGGGCUCGAUCCCAAGCUUCUGGCAAAAAUACUCAACAUGAGCUCAGGCCGCUGCUGGUCCAGUGACACCUAUAAUCCUGUUCCAGGAGUAAUGGAGGGAGUGCCCUCAGCUAACAACUAUCAAGGGGGGUUUGGAACCACACUAAUGGCUAAGGAUCUGGGACUCGCACAGAACACUGCAACAAAUACGAAGACUCCAGUUCCACUGGGUUCACUGGCUCAUCAGAUCUAUCGCAUGAUGUGUGCACGUGGUUAUGCCAGUAAGGACUUCUCCUCUGUCUUCCAGUUCCUGCGUGAAGAGGAGGGCCAGUAGGGGGUGACACCCACUAUUGUGGCCUAAGUCUACUCUUCUGCCUCACCAAGACCUGGCGUGAAAAAUGUUUGCAAAUAAUGCAACAGUGACCUGUGUGAUCUCCAAAUACUUCAAGUCUAUGAAGUCAAAUGAGUGAAAGAGUAGAACAUAGGACAUGAACCUAUAAAUUUAAAGAUGUUCAGUCCUUGUCUCUGGAAUCAUGUUACCUGUUUGGGCCUGUCCUUUUCAAACCAUGUUCCCAUGUUUAACCCUUGAAACUGUGAAUCUGAGGCAGUAGUUACGUUUGUUUGUUAAUCAGAUUCUGUAGCAUUGUGUCUUUUAGUCUGACUUUCAGUAACAUAUGUGGUCAUGUUGGAAUUGCUGUUAUGGUUUCAGCUGAAUGAACUGGCACAGCUGCAAGGAGGAAGUGACACUUUUAGAUUUUAUUAAAAAAAACACUCCUUUGCUUGCGCUAGCUAAGACACAGUUUCAUAGCACUUACUCCUUUUUUUUGUUUUAAUAGAUAAUAGAUGUUUUUCUAGUUUUAUUUUCAGAGUAAUUGCUGUCAUGUUUAACAGGUUUGCAGUGAGGUCUACAUGUCAUAAAUCUUAUGUCUCUCCUCUGAAAUUAAAGCAGAAAAAUGUGUCCUGACAGUGAAAGCUGGUUUCCUCCAGGUGACGCUUGAAUUCCAGUCUAGCACACUCACUAAUGAACGCCAAAUUAUCCUGUUCUCAUAUUUUCUAUGAUUUCUGCUGUUCGGUCAGUGUCUUAUCUUGUAUUAUGUUCUGAUGUGAUUUGGACAGAGUAAAAAUUAUAUCUGAACAUGUAUUCAUCAGCGGUUCUCUAUGCUUGGUGAUUUUUGUGAUUUCUGUGUCAAUACAGGUAAAUUUUUCGUGU